GCCUCGGAAAAUUCCCCAAAUUCAUCAUCGUUCAAUCUUCUUCUUCAUCUUCCUUCGCUACGUCACAAAUGGCGACGUCUCUGGUCUCUUCUCUUACUCCACAGCUCAACCAUGAAGCUCUCAGCUCGACUUCUGUUUUUCCCAAAUCAUCGUUUUUGUCGGGCUCCAAGCUCUUCGUCUUACAGAUGCCUCGCUCUAACAUCCAUCGAAGUACAAGAAGAUGUCACUGUUUUGUCUCCGCUCAAACUUCGAACUUCGAUCAUAUCCCGAAACAGUUUCGGGAAGAAAAUCUCAAAGACGGAUUAAUGGAGAACUUCAAGAACGUGCCUAAGCAAUUGUAUGGUCUAACUCCAUCUCAAAUGGACAUGUUCAUGAGAGACGACGGCCUUGUGAACAGGCAGGCAUCAAGGGUUACAGAGGAAAGCAUCUCGGCUAAAAGAAAUUAUUUGGACAAUGGAGGGGCAUGGAGUAUGUCAGCUGUGACUGGUCCUGAAAGAUACAGCAUGAGUGUCCGCAUGUACAGAGGCGGAGGUGGAGGCGGAGGCCGAGGCAGAGGAAAGGGACCUGGUGCUCCUCCAGAUUUACCCUCUUUACUCUUGGAUGGUCGCAUAGUUUAUCUGGGAAUGCCGAUUGUCCCAGCAGUUACCGAGUUGAUCAUUGCUCAGUUUAUGUACUUAGAUUAUAAUGACUCUUCAAAGCCUAUAUUUCUCUAUAUAAACUCAUCGGGGACACAGAAUGAGAAGAUGGAGACUGUUGGAUCAGAGACUGAGGCUUUUGCCAUAGCUGACGCUAUGUGUUACGUCAAACCAGAUGUUUAUACCAUCAAUUGUGGCAUGGCUUAUGGUCAAGCGGCAAUGCUUCUGUCUCUUGGGAACAAAGGGAAGCGUUCAGUACUACCACAUUCAUCGACGAAAUUAUAUCUGCCUAAAGUGAACAGAUCAGCAGGAGCUGCCAUAGACAUGUGGAUAAAGGCUAAGGAACUUGAUUCAAAUACGGAUUACUACGUGGAUCUAUUAGCACAGGGAACCGGGAAAUCCAAGGAGGAGAUCUACGAGGACAUCAAGCGACCUAAGUAUCUCCAAGCACAAGAUGCUAUCGACUAUGGCAUUGCAGACAAGAUAGCUGACAAAACAGAGAAACGGUAUCACAAAAAGGACAAGGAUAUGAGUGCUCGACUUAGAGCCAUGGGGUUACCUGAAGGAGGCACUUCGCCAGCUCCAUCCGGGUUUAGGUGAUGGAAAUGGCAAGCACUGUUUCCGCAGGAUCACCCGACGAGGUAAGAUAUCUGCUUGCCUAGUCUCUCUGGAACACUUUGUGGUUACAGACUUACAGUCUUAGGCCUAUAUUUUCAAAGACAUAGGGCUACUCAUGUGGCAAUUUGAAUGAAAAGAUACUUACAAAUGUGGGUGUAUACAUGCAUGUAACCUAUUUUAUGCCAUCAACUUCACUUAAAAUGUGAAAUGGUUUGCAUUUUCCGACA